GGUUACUUAGCGAGGGCAGCGAAAAUGUGGGGACUAUACUGCUAGUCUUCCCAAUAUAUGAUACUAUAAAAUGUUACGAGCAGAUGUGGGAACAGAAGUCUGGCCUUCAAGGGGCUUUAGAAUACAGUAAUGACAAAAAAAAAUGAUGGUGGUGGUGUCGGACUGACAUCAUCUGCGACGUUGGGUCGAAAGAGUUACUUUAAAUGCUUCAUGUACAAGACGGAUCAGGUUAAAAUCGAGGGAUGCGAUCAUGAUUCCCUGAGCUCAAGAGAUCUCGCCCCAAUCUACCAAAAUGAUAAUUUCGCCCCAUAGAAGCCCUCGACCUCCGAUAUUCUUCCGCCUGAGAUGCGGUUUGGUCGAGUUCUGGGCCGGUGGGAAAUAGUAUUAAUCCGUCGCUGGACGCAGAAACAAAAAGCCGGUCCUCCGCGUCGGCGCGAUCAUCCAAGUAUGAAACUAUAUUCUCGUCCCCGAGCCUUUAUCAGAUUCAGCGAUCCUCAUUUCUGUAAUUCAGUCGCGCGAUCAUGUUUGCUGAGUCUUGCGAAUUGCGCCGAGGGCAAUCGGCACUAACCCCUUCAAAACUGCCCCCCGCCCAGGCAGUUUUAGCCUGUAAAACCUUGCCUGCUGUCCUCGCGUCUUCCGUCCUUCAACACUCUCCCUCUUACAUCUCCCGGAGCGUCGCUCCAACGCCCACCCACACAUUUCAUGAGCGGUAUUAUCGUUUCUCGACACAAUGAAUUCCCGCGAGCAUUCUGAUAUGCCUCCGACCGCCUCCUACCCGUCCCCCAACGCGGCGCAGAUGGGUCAGGGCGCUAUGCAGUACUACGCGAACCGCCAGUUGACAGCCGACGAGCUCUUAUCCGCUGAGCUAUCCCGCGAAACCUCCGGCCCCGGCCUCGCAGACGGUUCUAGCAAUGGCGUUCAUCAUGGCCAAUCGAUGGUCUUAGGAUCUUCGAACCCUGGUGGUGGUGACAUGGGUCGUCCCUCGUCUCCGGACCAGCAUCAACAACAACAUAUGCUACAGUUUACCCCCAGCCAGCAAGUCGGUGUCGACCCAAAUCACGACUUAAGUUACGGAGACCAGAGCGCGAGGAGAAAAAGAUCGAAGAUUUCUCGCGCCUGCGACGAAUGCAGACGCAAGAAGGUUCGCUGUGAUGCAAGCUCUGAAUCUGGCGUGGAAACCUGCUCGAACUGUCGCCGACUUGGGGUUGUUUGUCAGUUUAGUCGCGUCCCCAUGAAGCGCGGCCCCAGCAAAGGUUACAUCAAGGAGCUUGCAGAGCGCCUUCACACCCUUGAAAGUCAAAUGCAGCCUGCGAUGGUUCACCCCGAUAUGCCUUAUCAACCUAUGAACGAAGUGUCGUCACCCAGAGCUUAUCAAGACUUCUCGCCACCAAUGGAUGCAGGCUCCAUUGGGCGCAAGCGGACCUAUUCUGUAUUCGAAGGACUUCCCAGCUCCUCUUUCACACAGCCGCAAUUCAAUUCUCGCUCUCAGAAUGCUUUCGACACAGGAGAAACCUCAACCGAUCCGUACAACCCGUCCGCCGUGAGCGGUACAGCACCAAAACCCGGUAACUUAUUCUGGACGACCGGUAAUGAGACGGAGCUGCCGCAUGGACUAGAGAUGCCAGAAGUACCUAAGCAAGCUAUGGAAGAAGACAUGACUCCCUUGGAUGUGGAUGAGGGAUCCCUCAACGCUUAUUAUCAAAAGAUCCAUCCCGUCUUCCCUAUCUUGUCACACUCCAAGGAACGUCUACUCGAGGUUCUACAUCAGUGCAGCCGUGAGGUGCAGGAGAUUUUCCUUUACAGUUUGUACACUGUGACGCGUACCAACAUGGAUCGCGUUAUAAGCACAUUCGAAAGGGUCACGUCAUUUGACAAUGCACAAGACCUUCUCUUGUACUAUACCCGGCAGCCAGCUUUGGCCCGCCCGACAGGAGUUAACUUGAUCUGGCUCCAGACCAUGUUACUAAUGAUCCUCGAUUGUGAUUCUCGGGGACCAGACAACUUUGUUCUCAAGGACGGCGUACCUAAGCAUUCUCUGAUCCAGUCGGCCAGCAAACUUGGCUCCGAUUUGGCCAAGGGUCUUGGUCAGCUGAAAAGCAAGCGUUCUUCAGACCCGGAUGUUGAUUCAGAGGCAAAUCUUGUACGUCGCAAUUGGGUGGCCUUGGCAAUUUUGUCUCGCUGGCAUGCGAUCAGCGUAGCUGACCCAAGUAUUCUUGGAACGUAUGAAAUCGGUGGCCGUGAGGAUGAAAGAGUUGUUGGCCCAAUUACCACUGGCAUUGGAUCAUACUCUACGUUCCUUGUGGAAAUGGUCACACUCGGCGCUAUCGAGAAUAAUGUUUGCCAAACAAACACUGGCUUGGGCCGCAUGGUCGGGGCAAACAUGGUAGCAUCACUUGAGCGUCUGACCCAAGUCGAGGAUUUCCACAAAUCAAAUGAGACCUUGGAAACUGCAGCAUCUCAAAGCUUUCUUGAGAGUCUACAAAACCAACUUGAGUGGACCAUCCGGUUGUUGAUCAAACGCCACAUAUACGUCUACAGUCCCUAUGAAAUUAUUCACAGCGCUGUGGAAGCCAUCAAUGAGAUCCACAAGUCGAAUACACAGUCUCGUCUUACAACGCCAUUCGAUCUUCACAGCUUAGCUUUAGCCUCUAUGACUUUGCUGGAGGCUACCGUCAUUCCAGAGCAUGCGAACGAGUGCUGGGAUGCGUUGAAAAAGGUCGAAGAAAUUCUUGACUACCGUACGAAGCGGAGCACUGAAGCAACGGAGUUUAGCGAUAUUUUUGCCACUCCUGGUUGGGAUUCCAAGAUCCGGAUAUUCUUGGAAUGGAGACGGACCAAGUCCCAAGAGAGCCAACUCCAGGAUCCCAGCCUGGGUAAGAGCGGCUCUGCGGUUCCCCCAGUUAUGGGUCCGAACGAACAACGGUCCCUCCAGCACCUGGCAGAUCUUGCUGUAGGUGCUGAAGGCACCGUGGCGGCUAACUCUGGAUCCCCACCCCCUGGGCUCUCGACUGAGAGCAAUCUGAAUGCCACCUCGCCGAAUCUUACUUCUGUCUCGCAACCGCAGGGUCGUGUUGUGGUUGACUUUACUCUCCUCACCAAAGAGGGAUAUCUCAACGUCUUUUCAGGUUUAAUCUACCGCCGGUCUCGCUGAGACGCGCUUACUGACGACGGUUGGAGGGUUUUCUUGGCCGAUGGGAAUAUUCCUAUUCCUCAUGAAAAUCUAUUUCAGUUGUAACUUAGCUGCCUUGUAGUUUGCUUUCCCGUCUCCUCUACUUUUCUCGGAAAAAAGAAAAUAACAUUUUCUAUCUCUUAUGGCUAAUGGUAUCUAGCGGGCUUAUUGGUGAUUCUGUAUGUAUUUAUAACAAGUUGACAGUGAUAUCUAUUUCUUUCUACAUGCCAUAGUUGGCUUAAUUCUAUGUAAUGAAAAGUGCGAUUUGACUUUGCUGGGAAGUACAGAUGUAGUAUAACGCCAGCAAAUUUUGC